AUGGAUGGUUAUCAAGAUAACGCUCACCAAGUAGAAGAACAUGAUGAUGGUUCCUGCCAAGAUGUUUCUCCUGCUAGUGUAAUGAAUGACGUUUCUGAUGAGAUUACUAAAGAGAUAUCACCAAGCCAACACGAAAGAUGGAGAGACCUUGUGUUUGAUAUACAACUGAGAGCACAAGAAGACGUUCAUGACGAUUUCCUGAGUGCAAAUGGAUCCUUUACUCCAACUCCUAGUCCUGUCUCCAAAAGGUUUUGUUUCUCUCCCAUGGCAAUUCCUAGAAUAGGGAGACGCGGUGGAUCCAUGAGUCCUUCCUCGUCAGGAAGAAGCACUACUCUCGAGAAUGUCUUCAACUUCAAGAACCGGAACAACAAUGCAGAUAUUGAGCAAGGUGUGGAGUUGGUGUAUGAUGAUGGCAGAGUCAAGUCUAAUAUUCCAAGAACAUGGUCUCUCACUAAUCUCUUAACUCCUAGAAAAUACAAGAAGACAGAGUCUUUGCCUGUUACACCUUUAGCUCACUCAAAUGCUGAGUCCGUGCACAAGAGUACACUGCCUAUUCGCCGUACACGUUCUGUUCCAACGCUCAUCGACAAAGAUGGUAACGUGAAGUCACUAGGGGUUCUCCGUGUGAUCCCUACUCCAUCUCGUGGGGACACUGAGAGUCUAGAGAUGAUGCAUGAACACGAAGAUGGGGGAGAAGAUGUUCCUGAAGAGGAAGCUGUGUGCAGAAUCUGCAUGGUUGAGUUAGGAAAAGAUUCAGAAGCUUUCAAGAUGGAAUGCAUGUGCAAAGGGGAGUUAGCUCUUGCCCACAAAGAGUGUACUAUCAAAUGGUUCACGAUAAAAGGGAACAUAACCUGUGACGUGUGCAAACAAGAUGUGACAAAUCUCCCCGUGACACUUCUACGUGUGGAUGAUCGUCAUGAGGACCGGUCUAGAGAAGCAGAGCAUACAGAGGUUAACAAGUGGCAAGAUGUGCCGAUUCUUAUCACCGUGAGCAUACUUGCAUACUUCUCUUUCCUUGAGAAGCUUCUGCUGAUGGAUAUGAAAUCGAGUGCCGUUGCAGUAGCUUUACCAUUCGCUUGCAUUAUUGGUCUUCUUGGAUCAGUGACAUCGACGACAAUGGUGAAGAGGAAGUAUGUGUGGCUCUUUGCAACUAUUCAGUUCAGUUUCGUGGUCCUUUUCGGUCAUGUCUUCUACUCAAGAAUUGAUGCUAAGCAGCCGGUUACGUGUAUUGUCUUAGCCACUAUGGUCGGAUUUGGACUCACCAUGUCCGCCACAGCAGUUAUUACCGUGUUUAUGGAAUGGAGGAGAAGCCAUGCUCAUCACCACCACCAGCCAGCAAGCACUCAGGUGGUUACACCACCGUUUCAAACAGCAGAGUAUAGGUAGUAGCUAUUGCUUCUUCUUCUUCUUCUUCUCUAUGGAGUUAAGAAUAUGAGAUUGAAAAAU